AACCGCGGACCAGAAACCGUGAGGGCAGGACGGUAGUGAGACGCCGGCGGGGGCGGGGGGGAGUUCUGAGGAAUUCGCGAGGCUGGCAGGUCCUUUCCUACUGCAGGCCCAUGGCUGAAGUGCACGUCAUUGGUCAGAUCGUGGGAGCCAGCGGAUUUCCUAGCAGCAGCCUUUUUUGCAAAUGGGGGAUUCACACAGGUGGUGCCUGGAAGUUGCUGUCGGGAUUCCGGGAAGGGCAAACCCAAGUCGACCACCCCCAGCUGAAUGAUGUGGCUUAUUGGUCCCACCCCAUUGACGUCCACUUUGCCACCAAAGGCUUGCAGGGCUGGCCCAAGCUGCACGUCCAGGUGUGGCACCAGGACUCCUUUGGGCGCACGGAGCUGUACGGGUACGGCUUCUGCCACGUGCCUUCCACCCCUGGCUCCCACCAGCUGGACUGUGUCACCUGGCGCCCCCUGGGCUCGUGGCAGGAGCAGCUCUCCCAGCUCUUUGUGGGAGGGGGCCCCCAGCUGCUCAACACCGACCUGAUCUACACGGGGGCCGACCGCUACCGCCUGCAGACCUGCGCCAUGGGCACCGUCCACCUCCAACUGGCCGUCAUCCUCCGGAACUUCGACCGCUACGGCGUCGAGUGCUGAGGUCCUCCUCACCACGGCAACUUGCCGCCGUUAACGGCUCCUUCCCCUCGUCCCAAAGACAGGGACCCUCGCCGCUUGGGAAGGGAAGACUUCUGCAGGGGAAGAUCUGCUUCAGGGUGGGUCAGUUGGCAGCGGCAUGGGCUGAUGUGGGGCAGUGCCCUCUCCCUGCUUGAGAGAAGGGCAGCUCCAUUCCACCAGCAGCCAAAGUGUCGAACCUACGAGCCAAACGUCCCGAGUUUGGCAUCUCCAGUUGGGGGAGAGGAAAGAGGAUGGAACGGUUGGCACUUAGCCCGGGUGGAUCAGGCGGCAGAUCUCACGGAUCCUCGUCUAAGCGGAGCACCUCGCAAGCAAGAUGCGUUGCGACCCCUUUUUUGGGGGUGCUGUAAAAUUUCUUUCCCGGUAGGAUUCUUUUGUAUGGAGGAGUUUGCCCAUAUCGCAGACAGGACCUCUGUUCCCACUGCUCCUGAAUCGCUGGCAAUGUACAACAUCUCUCACCCUACCUCUGUUUAUUUCUAUAAAGGCUAUUCUUUUCCCCGUUUGCAUUAAAUGGUUUUCUUUUUUUUCA